GUGAUGGUCACCAACGUCACAUCCCUGCUGAAGACGGUGAAGGCGGUGGAGGACGAGGCCACGAAGGGGACGCGUGCGCUGGAGGCCACGAUCGAGCACAUCCGCCAAGAACUCGCUGUGUUCUGCUCCCAGGUGCCCCCGGCCAAGACCUCCACCCCAGAGGACUUUAUCCGGAUGACGAAAGGCAUCACCAUGGCGACCGCGAAGGCCGUGGCUGCCGGCAACUCGUGCCGCCAGGAGGACGUGGUGGCCACCGCCAACCUAAGCCGCCGGGCCAUCGCGGACACGCUGCGCUCCUGCAAG